AUGGCUGCCGAAAACCCCCAAGCAAUACCAAUAACAGAAAAACCAGCUCAGUUGGUGGCUGCAUUACCAGGCCAUAAAAAAGCGACCGAGGUCAGGAAACACGUCGAACGCGAGCCCAUACUCAAGGAUUACAUUCGGGUUUUCUCUUACGCUACGAAAUGGGAUAUCGUCAUUUACUUCUUCGCGUCCCUCGCCUCUAUUGGCGCAGGCACAACCCUACCGUUGAUGAACAUCGUGUUUGGUCGUCUCGCUGGGCAGUUCACCGAUUACUUUAUGAAUCCUCCACGCAUGACCCGGUCCGAGUUUGAAGAUUUGCUGGAUCAGCUGGCUCUGUACAUCUUGGGCUUAUUUCUCGGUCGCUUCAUUCUCAACUGCAUCAACAAGUUUUGCUUCCGAAUGAUUGGCGUGCGGCUGUCUUCAGCUAUUCGCCUUCACUACAUACAAUGUCUUUUCGGCCAGUCCAUUCACGUUCUCGACUCCAUGCCGUCAGGUGCUGCAGCUAGCAUCAUCACAGGAACGGCCAACACCCUUCAAAUCGGCAUUUCAGAGAAGCUCGGCACCUUCAUGGAGUUCAACGGUACUAUCUGGUGCGCCAUCAUAGUCGCCUUCAUCUGGAGCUGGAAACUAACCCUGGUUACGUCGUCCAUCAUUGUCUUCAUUCUCAUCGUUGUUAGCACGCUGAUGCCAUUCGUCGUUCGGUUGCAGAGUCAGCAGGCAAAGGCCGAGGCCAAAGCCAAUAGCGUCGCAAGCGAGUCUUUCAGCAGCAUCCGUAUGCUGACUGCCUGCGGUGCGCAGCAAAGCAUGAUCAGUCGCUACUCUCAAUGGGUGGACGAGGCCCGCGUCAAGGGCCAGCGAUCGGCACCCUUGCUUGCUAUGCAGUUUGGACUCGUCUUCUUUGGCACUUUUGCCGUAUUUGGCCUCGCCUUCUGGUUCGGCACGCAACAAUUCGCCAAUGGCGAGAUGAGCAACCCCGGCACCAUCAUCAUCGUCUUAAUGUCCGUUAUGAUGAUCAUCAUGUCUACCGAGCGCAUCGCAAACCCCCUCAUGGCCGUCUCCAAAGCCAUGGUCGCCGCCUGCGAGUUCUUUGCCGUCAUAGAUGCUCCCCGCCCCGAUACCGGCCACCUGAAAGAGCCAGAUGUUUCCGCGACCGAUGACAUCGUCUUCAAGGACGUUGUAUUUGCGUACCCGAGCCGUCCACACGUCAAGAUCCUCGACAACCUCAAUCUUACUAUCAAGGCGGGCGGAAACACGGCAAUUGUUGGGCCCUCUGGAUCUGGCAAGAGCACAAUCGUUGGUCUCGUCGAAAGGUGGUAUGACCUGCGUGAGCAAUACGUUAUCGAAAAGACCUUAGAUCCGGAAAAGAACAAGGAUGCGCAAAAGAAGAAGAAGAAAGAAGACGGCAACAAGGAGAAGCAAGAGGCCGGGGACGGCGUUCUUGGAGCGGCUGAAAAUGAAGAGAGUAGUGAUAAUGAGGAAUCCCAACCCAUCGUGCCGCUAUCCGGAAGUAUCACCACCUGCGGUAAAUCUCUGACCGACAUCGACCUUAAGUGGUGGCGCUCUCAAAUCGGGCUCGUGCAGCAGGAACCGUUCUUGUUCAACGACACUAUUUUUCGCAAUGUGGCCUACGGGUUGAUCGGAUCAGAAUGGGAGGAUGCACCUGAGGAUGAACAGAGACAACUCGUCAAGGAGGCGUGCAGUGAGGCCUUCGCGGACGAGUUCAUUGAUCGCCUUCCGGAAGGCUACGACACACCUGUCGGUGACGGCGGAGCUAAACUUUCUGGAGGUCAACGCCAGCGCAUCGCUAUCGCCAGGAGUAUCGUCAGAAAACCCAAAAUAAUUAUUCUCGACGAGGCCACCAGCGCCAUUGAUGUUCGUGGAGAGAAGAUCGUGCAGGCCGCCUUGGACCGCAUUGCCAAGAACCGCACCACAAUCACCAUUGCCCACCGUCUAUCGACAAUCAAAAAGGCCGACCGAAUCGUCGUUCUACGAAAAGGACAAGUUGUUGAGUCAGGCACGCACGAGAGUCUUUUAGAGGACGAAACAGGUGUAUACUAUGGUCUUGUUGUCGCGCAAAAGCUGUCGCUUGGCCAGCCGACCGAGGCGGACGUGACCGGUGGCGAGGCCGACUCGGAACAGGAUCUGGCUGUGGCUAAAACGAGAAGCAUCACCGGAGAAGAAGAGAGUGAGGAGGCGCAGCAAAAAAAGUCUACCGGCGUGAACCUCUUCAACAAUUUCUUCAAGCUCCUCGCAGAGCAGAAAAACCGCUGGGUUUACGUGUUUAUCGCCUUCUUCGCGGCCUGUUCUGCUGCCGGAACUCCCAUGAUGGCCUGGCUAUUUGCGAAUGUUUUCCAAGUCUUUACCUUCGCCGACAAGGACACAAUUCGGUCAGAGGGUCGAUUCUGGUCCGUCAUGUGGGUUGUGCUCGCCACAGGUGUCGGCAUCGGCUAUUUUUUCCAGGGUGCCAUUUCGGUGCAUGUGCAGCACAACAUAAGCGCCAUUUACAAGAAGGAAUAUUUCGGGUCUAUCCUCUACCAAAACACAGCCUUUUUCGACAAUGACGAAAAUUCACAAGGUACACUGGUAGCCCGCGUCGCUGGCGACCCUAAGCAGCUUGAAGAACUCUUGGGCCUUAACAUGGCAUUCCUCCUUAUGGCCGUGUUCAAUAUUGUAGGAGCUCUAUCUAUUGCCUUUGCUUUCGGGUGGAAGCUGGCACUGGUAGCCAUGUUUGUCACGAUGCCUGUCGGCCUAUUUUCUGGCUACUGGAGAUUCAAGUACGAGCUUGAAUUUGAGAAGAUGAAUGCAGCCGUGUUCGCCGAAAGCUCCAAAUUCGCCGCCGAGGCCAUUGGUGCUUUUAGGACGGUCUCAUCGCUCACGAUGGAAGAUGUGAUCCACUCCCGAUACGACAAGCUCUUGCGUAGUCACGUACAGAAGGCUUACAAGAAGGCUCGCUGGACCAGCGUGCUCUUUGGUUUCGCUGAUAGCGUCAACAUAGGUUGCCAGGGUCUCAUUUUCUGGUACGGCGGCCGCCUUUUAGCCAGCCGCGAGUAUGGGCUCUUGAAUUUCUUCGUCUGCUUUAUGGCAGUCAUGCAGGGAGCCGAAGCCGCCGGACAGGGCCUCAGCUAUGGGCCCAAUGCUGCGCAGGCGUCGGCCGCCGCAAACCGCAUCACUGAUUUGCGCAAGUCCAGCACCCAAAGCAGCCAAGCUUCGACGGAGGAGAUUCCCGAUACGGACGGCGGCGUCAAAAUCGAACUGAAGAAUGCCCACUUCCGCUACCCGACCCGCGACACCCCUGUUUUCACGGGUAUUAACUUGACCAUCAACAAGGGCCAGUUCGCAGCGCUCGUUGGACCUUCAGGAUGUGGAAAGACCUCGAUUGUUUCACUGCUCGAGCGAUUCUACGCCCUUGACAAGGGUGAUAUUCUCUUCAACGGCAAGAGCAUUUACAGUCUCGAUGCACAGCAAUAUCGUAAAAACCUGUCCCUGGUUGCACAGGAGCCGUACAUGUUUCAAGGCACGAUUCGCGAGAACAUUUGCCUCGGCAUGGAAGCAGGAACCGUCUCGGAAGAUCGAUUACACCAAGUAUGCCGCGAUGCUUCUAUUCAUGACUUUAUUGUUUCACUCCCAAAUGGUUACAAUACCGAUAUCGGCUCCAAGGGCUUUUCGUUAUCGGGUGGUCAAAAGCAGCGCAUUGCCAUUGCACGCGCUCUGAUCAGGGACCCCAAGGUCCUCCUCCUGGACGAGGCAACCUCAUCGCUCGACUCUGAGUCGGAAAAGCUAGUCCAGGCGGCAUUCGAGCGCGCAGGAAAGGGACGCACAAUGGUAUGUAUCGCGCAUCGCCUGGCAACAGUCCAAAACGCCGACGUCAUUUUCGUCCUCGGUGAGGGCAAAGUGCUGGAAAAGGGGACUCACCAAGAGUUGUUGAGUCAGAAAGGAUUGUAUUGGCACAUGUGUCACAGCCAGGCCCUUGAUAAGUAG